GACGGUCUUCCACGGAAAGUCCCAGCGAUACCUUCGGCGAUUUCACACAUUAUUCUUCGCAUUGGUUGCCCUAUUGUGAGCUGUUGCAUUGUGAAGUCUACGAGAAACGACUUCAGCUUCGCAAAAGAAAAAUGACAGAGUAUUCAACGAUUUACAGGAUCGUCGGAGUCGUGCUGACUGCUGCAGCCAUACAAGCAUCCUCCAAUGAUUGCCCCGUGUUGGAAUGUUGGUUUGUGCAAGAGAAGCCUGGAAGAGGUGGGUUCUCUCCGGCUGUGACACAGGAGAAGUCCCUGAUGUACAUCAGCACAGAGCCAACUGACAGUGCCAGCACACAGUUUCGUCCUCCCGCAGAUAUAGACCUGUCCAGAGUAUAUUAUGUUACAGACCCCUCGGCUUCCUUCUGCCAUGCCCCUCUGCACCCACCAGAGGGCGCUGUGACCAAGCCUCAGUGUGAGAUUAACCCUUUCCUGCCUCAGCCCUCCAUGGUCCGCUGGGCCGCCUCUCUCACUGAGUCAGGCCAGAGCCCGGUUCACCUGCAGGCUGAUUGGCUCUCGGUAGCUGCUCAGGGAUUGGACGGCCAGUUGGUGCUGUCCUCUCUCAUGAGGGCACCCUCAGGGUCCAAGGAACCCCAAGUUGUCCUCAGCGUCACCAGUAAAACGGCAUCUGUGCGCGCCCGGCUGGGCGAGCGGGUGACGCUGGACUGCGGCUUCUGGGUGGACCCCUCGUCGCCCCUCUCCGGGGCCGGCUUCUCUGUGGAGUGGCGCUACCAGUUCCGCGGCGAGGGCCGCCUGGUGCUGGCCUACGACGGCAAGAGGGACUGGCUGGCGGAGACCAGCGAGACGGGCGCGACCGUGGACUUCGCCGCCCUGCACGAGAGCGGGGACGCCUCGCUGGUCCUGGAGGAGGCGGAGACGCGCCACUCGGGCACCUACAUCUGCACCGUCUACCUGCCCAACCUGCUGGCACAGGUGGCGCUGGACCUGGAGGUCGUAGAGCCCCCGUCCCUCUCCAUCUACCCCUCCCCCCUCCCUCUGGUGGUCCCGGGCCAGGCUGUGACUGUGCAGUGUGAGGCAUCUGGCUUUGUUCCCCUCUCUCUGGAGCUGGCUUGGGAGUUUGUGGGGGCCGACGGCAAGCCGCGAGCCCUGGGCCAAGGCAGCGUGAGCGGGCACAGGCAGGCCCUGGACGGCACCUACAGCCAGAGUAGCCGUCUGGAGCUGGACUCUGCCAAGCUGGGCCUGGGCCGCGGAGGGGAGGUCAGCUGUGUGGCCGUCCACAAGGGGGGAACCAGGAAGGCCAAAGUCGCCCUGAAUGUGAUCGGUGUCAGUGCUCCGUCCAUUGAAGACUCCAUGGCGAUGGUUGCCGUAGCUCUGGGCCUGUAUGGUCUCAUUAAAGUGUUCAGUUGGACCUUCAGCUCACCUGGAACUGGUCAGGACGAUGCUAAAGAUAAGAAGGAGAAGUGAUCAAGGAAUACGUACUCCAUGCAAUGCCUUAUUCGACAGACUUGUUUCUCAAGCGGAUUUACAUUCAACAUUUUUUACAGAUUGUUUGUCUCUUCUGCCGAUGAUAGAUAUAAGGAGAGGGUAUUUCGAGAUGCUAGCAUAAAAUAAGCAAUGAAUGGAAAAUAUCCUACACUUGAAAGAAAAGGAAUGCCUUUAUAUCUGCCCUUGGCUACAGUGACAUUUGUAUGUGCACAACGCAUUGGAAAGAUGAAACCAAUAAAAUAAUAUGUGUGAAUUAUGUAAAUAACAGUAACAUAUAAAUAUAAACAUAUAAAUAACAUGCAGCUGUAAAUAUUGUGAUUCGAAGUUGAUGAUGAUUUUAACAUUUUGUUUUUGGUUGUUUAUGGGUUGUUUAUUAGUUGGGAUAGUGGUGUGUGAUAUUUGUUUAAAUUUGCAGAUGAAGAUAAAGUCCAGUACAGUUGUAAUGUGCACAUAAUAAAGUGUUACCAUCAGUGGGA